UCCAAUGGAAACUGUAAUAGCCGGCAUAAUUGAAGCGUGCCCCAAAUACCUUCAACAUCGAAGAGUGUAUGUCACUGCUGGAGUGUGUCUGUUCAGCUUUGGAGUUUCCAUCCCCUAUGCAACUGAAGGUGGCGUGUACCUGUUCCAGCUAUUAGACUGGUAUGCAUCUUCGUUCAACACACUGCUUAUCGGUUGUCUGGAGUGUAUCGCCAUUAAUUGGAUCUAUGGUUCGGAGAGAUUUAGCAACGAUGUUGAGAUGAUGAUGGGAAGACGUUUCCCGUGGGUGCUGAAAGUCUCGUCUUCCUACAUCACCCCUGUCAUUCUCUUUGCGUCCCUGAUUCUUUCCCUGUUUCUCUACGACCCUCCAAGCUAUGGCGAGUACAUCUACCCUGAAUACGCAAAGGUGAUUGGAAUCUUAAUGGCAGUUGUGAUGUCAUUGCCAAUACCUGUCAUAUUGGUAUACCAGCUUUUCAAGAAGAAAGGAACUUUUCUUCAGCGUCUCCGCUUCGCAAGCUCUCCGUCCACUGACUGGGGCCCUUCGUUACCUGAAGACAGGGAACUAUAUCUUGAGGAGAUGCACAAGCAGCCAGAAAGUCUUAUCAUGCGAUUAUUAAAUUCCAAAGACAAACAAACUGCAUUGUGCAUAGGGAUGCAAAGACAAAGUUUUACUUAUGAUGCUAAAGAAUAUUUGUAGCUAUUACAAUAAAUGUUUACCAAGUAUGUUUUAAGGAUAUUCAGAAUCAGUUCCAAAA